UAUAAAAGUCCUUCAUCUCUUUUAGAGAAGAAACCGCUCCCCCAAGUAAGCCUAAGACCGAAUUAAAAUGUGCAGCCCAGAAGAAGAGAAACUAAUUCAGAUGGUCCGAGACUUCAUUGAAUCAGGAUCCGCCAUUUCUCCCUCUCCUCCUCCUCAUGAAGAACCCCCUCAAAACCCUCAGACACCUGCAAUCUCCUCCACUCUGAUGGAUAUUCUUUCGAAGCUCACAGAUGAUGAAGCUGAGAUUCUGGAAAAGAUCUUACUCUACACGAGAGAUGUACAAAUCACGUCUGAUGAAGAAACCAAGAAAUGGAUUGUCCAGAGAUUAGUAAAAGAUGGUCUUGAAGCUUCCCUAUGUAGAACUUCUUGGGUUGCCACUUUUGGUCGUCCCUCAGUAUUUGAAUACACAGGCGAUUAUGAGUACAUUGACGUGGUGAAGAAGGUGAGCAAUGGCGGAGAGGCAGUAGUGAGGCUGAUAGUGGACAUGGAUUUCCGGUCACAGUUCGAGCUGGCGAGGCCAACGCCGGCCUACUCGGAGCUCUUGAACUUGCUGCCGUGCACAUUCGUCGGAAGUGAAGAAAAGCUCAUGAAAACGGUGUCUUUGCUUUGCUCCGCCGCCAAGCAGUCUCUGAAAGAGAGAGGCCUUCUGAUUCCUCCAUGGAGGAAAGCCAGUUACGUGCAGUCUAAAUGGCUCUCCGAGAACUGCAAGAAAAUCACUUUCUCAUCGGCCUAGAAAUCUGCGUUUUUGAAUAGUUGGGGAAAGGGAAUUCAGACUCAGAUGGGUUUUUGUCGGGCAUGUGGAAGUAGGAAAACAGGAGACCAACGGAUUUUCUCA